AUGAGGAUCUCCCAUCAAACCGCACCGAUCCGCCUACUGCGCAGCUCAAAUCGAGCUCCGAGCUCGAGAUGCGCAAACAAAUGGUUUGCGACGGAGACAAAUCGCAAGACUUCGGGCAAGGACUUCUCGCCAUUUGCCUACACAUGGCUUACUAGGACGCCGCAGGCUAUUCCAAAGAACGCUGAUGAUAUCUUGUCAAGUCUUCCCUCCAAAUCGUCCGUCAAUGUCGCCUCGGAUUCCGUUCCCCUCCUGCUUGUCACCCCCAGCUUUGCCCACUGGAUCGACACUUCCAAUCCGUUCCUUGGAUCCUUGAUAGGCCGAUUAUAUCCCGAUCUUCCAAAGUCCAUGCCGCUCUACGCCAUCGCAGCAGUCAUUGAUAAACUUCCGAACUCGACGCAUUCUGGACGAUCUAUCACUGGAGACAGUGGUGACUCUGAGUUCGAAUCGUCACAAUCCGAGGGUCUGUCACUUUUGACAGUUCAACGAGAGAAUGUUCGAGGGAAAGCAGCGGCUGCUCGGCGCAUUGGAGGCCCGGCAGGCGAAGAGUCCGACCUUGUUAUUUCCAUCCAGGACACCAAUACUUCGAAUGGAACCGCGCAUGAAGUUGGUAUACGCCUUGCAAACACGGUUUUUAUCAAUGGGAAAGAAUCUACGCUCAUGGGCAUGCGCUGGUUUUAUAAUGAUGAUGUCGGCGCAUACAUCAUGAGCAAAGCGGUGAACCUCACAAGUUGCUCUCUUACCUCCGUCUCUUCUGCUACGAACCCCAGCCUGACUAUUCCACUUGACCCUGUGGGUGAGCGUAGGCGCGUUAUUACCGGCAUGGGAAAUAUCCUGCGCCAAGUGUCAAAGUCGACAGACCCAACCUCGGUCGAGCCAAUGCCGGCUUCCACCGAACUGGAAAUGGCGCUUCCCCGCUAUAUUAAAGAGCAUAAUAUCUUGGAUCAAAGAGUCUCUGUCUGGGCCUUGAUUGAGAAGCCCGACCUGGUUAUUGCCGAUCGGGAGUUCACUUCCACACAAGAUCGAGUCACUCAGUCCUUGCGCAAGGGUGGCAAGCUGCACCGUGUCAUGAGCGGUGGAGGCGGAUGGGGAAAGAAACAGGGCCUCCUUUCGCUGGACCCAGAGUUUAGCUUCCCUGGGAUGGCUCGUCCUAAUGGGCUCGUUACACUGGAUCAAAUCUUCAAUCCCAGUGCAGAUGCGCCUAUGGAUAUGCCGUCAUUCCUUGCCAAUGGGAUGAUUGGUGAAGAUCUCUCUCUUUUGUCGCAAGUCGCCACGGAAGGCGAUUUUAUCGAGUUCUUUGUCGGGUUAGAACCGAAACAUUCACAAGACGAGGUUACGAGCAACACUGAUGCGCAAGCAUCUGUCACCUAUCGCUUUGGUGUUGUUGCCAAUGCUGACGAGGUGGAUACUGAAUCUUUGGUCGAGAACAAAGAAGACCUUGUCGUUGUGCCAAGUUUGUUCGGAGCAUUGUCUGAGAAGGCAAUCACGUACUCCCAGCCAGUUGUGGACGGAGCAGAGACAUCUAGAUCCUGCACCAAGCUGGAUAUACCGGGAUGCCGAGUGACGGUGAACCCUGUACAAUAA